CAAUCGUCCUCCAUCUUCCCUCUCCACCCUCACCCCCCUCUGCUCUUCACUCCCAGCUCAACGUCGUCGUCGUAUCGCUCACCCCCAUGUCUUUCGUCAAGCUCAGCAUCUUCGGGACCUCUUUCGAGGUCACAACGCGCUAUGUCGACCUCCAGCCCGUCGGCAUGGGCGCAUUCGGCCUUGUGUGUUCCGCAAAAGACCAGCUCACGGGUGCAUCGGUCGCCGUGAAGAAGAUCAUGAAACCGUUCAGCACCCCCGUCCUCAGCAAGCGGACCUACCGCGAGCUCAAGCUGCUCAAGCACAUCCAGCACGAGAACAUCAUCAGCCUCCGCGACGUCUUCAUCUCGCCUCUCGAAGACAUCUACUUUGUGACAGAACUCCUCGGAACCGACCUCCAUCGCCUCCUAACGUCACGGCCACUCGAGAAGCAGUUCAUCCAGUAUUUCUUGUACCAAAUUCUGCGCGGGCUGAAAUAUGUGCAUUCGGCAGGUGUUGUUCACCGAGAUCUCAAACCAAGCAACAUCCUAGUCAAUGAGAACUGCGAUCUCAAGAUCUGCGACUUCGGCCUCGCGCGGAUCCAAGACCCACAGAUGACAGGCUACGUCUCGACGCGGUACUACCGUGCCCCGGAAAUUAUGCUCACGUGGCAGAAGUACGACGUCGCAGUCGACAUCUGGAGCACGGGCUGCAUCUUUGCGGAGAUGCUUGAAGGGAAGCCGCUGUUCCCCGGGAAAGACCACGUCAACCAGUUCUCGAUCAUAACCGAGCUGCUAGGGACCCCACCUGAUGAUGUCAUCGAGACUAUUUGCAGCGAGAACACGCUUCGGUUCGUGCAGAGCCUACCAAAGCGGGAUCGUGUGCCGUUCAGCGAAAAGCUGCGGUGCAGCGACGAGAGCGCGCUCGACCUGCUCGAAAAGAUGCUUGUGUUCGACCCGCGCAAGAGGAUCGACGCGACGGCGUCACUCGCGCACGAGUACGUCGGGCCGUACCACGACCCUACGGACGAGCCCGUCGCGGGAGAGAAGUUCGACUGGAGCUUCAACGACGCGGACCUGCCCGUGGACACCUGGAAGGUGAUGAUGUACAGCGAGAUUUUGGAUUUCCACCAGGUCAGCGAUUCGACCGCGAGCACGACGGCGAAUGGCGUGCCGGAGGGCGCCCUCGCGGGGCCGGACGACGGCGGCGCGCCGACGGCGAACGGGUCCGCGCCGCAUGCGGACUGA